AUGGAUCCAAGACUAGAAGAGAUCAUCAAGGACGAAACUAACAGUUUCCGCCUAGAAACUCGCCAGAUGUAUGUGGACCUAAUGACCGAGUCUGAUUACGAGCAGCAUAUCGAUGAAUGUGUCUUUGUAAUUGGCUCAUCGCCUGCCAAAAAGUACGCAAGCACCAUCCUGGCAGCGUUAAAGAAACAUGGCGUGGUUCUUCUAGCUGCGAAAGGGGGUUUGACGUCAAAGCUAGUGGCAAUUGUUGAGAUUGUAAAACAUAGCGAUGUUGAUGUUCAGAAGCAGCUCAACAGAAUCUCGCUCACGGACCUGUUAGUCAACCCGGAGUUUAGACCUGAGGCGAGCACGAAAAACGUCAAGGCUUUCAUUGCACAGUCACAAGAGACGCCGCAAGAGGUCGGUGACAGUAUAAUUGGCGUCCCUGCGGCUGAUGGCAAGCCUCGAUCAGAGAAGUCCAUUUUGAGCGAUGUGGUGAAACUGAUCCAUGGACCUAAAAUCUACGAUGUUCCUACGAUGACUAUUGUUUUGUGCACCAAUGAUCAUUUGAUUAGAAAUGAUUUCUUUACUGAGCAGAGAUAA